AUGACAUCCGUCAUAUUGUCGCGUCUUGAAACACAAAUACCACCUACUGUUGAACGAUCAUCUCAACAUUGGGUAUGGCUUAUCGGCCUUAGUAUUACAGCUGGAGUUAUUCUUUUAAUCAUACUUGUUGGUGUUCUCUGGUGUUGUGGUUUUUUUAAACGAAAUCGUCCACAAUAUCCAGUAUCAGCUCAAGAUGAUUCUCCAACUGGUGAAAAUCAUUAUCAUUUAUCAUCAUCUAAACAAUUUAGAAGACAUCCUUUACAAGUUGAUAAUGAUGAAAUAUCAAGUGAUGAUAAUGAUGAUAAUGAAAUGAUGAUACAAAAUCCGGUCGAUAGUUUACCAAUCGUUGUACCACAACAUUCAUCUCAUUUUAUUCAACAACAACAACAAAGAACUCAAUUUCUGUAUUAA